AUGACCGACCACGGGGCUUCUCCGGCCCUGCAGUUGGGCCCCGGACUUGCACAGCCUUCGGUUUCAAAGGAAGAGGAGGUGAGCCGCGAUGAAAUCAUCCAACUCAUCAUUGACCUCCGCGACCCAAAGAAGCGCGAAGAAGUGCUGCUCAACCUCAGCAAGAAGCGUGACGCCAUCCCUGAAAUGGCUAUUUGGCUCUGGCACUCCUUUGGCACGAUCGCCUGUUUGCUGCAGGAGGUGAUCGCCAUCUACCCGUGCGUCAUCCCAUCCACGCUGACUGCCGCACAGUCCAAUCGGGUGUGCAAUGCCUUGGCCCUGAUGCAGUGCGUGGCCAGUCACAAAGACACGCGUGGACCUUUCCUUGCGGCGCACAUUCCGCUGUUUCUUUACCCAUUUCUGCACACUACGAAGCCGUCCCGGCCCUUUGAAUAUUUGCGCCUGACAUCGCUAGGUGUUAUCGGCGCUCUUGUGAAGACUGAUGAAAAAGAGGUGAUCCAGUUUCUCCUCUCUACUGAAAUCAUCCCGCUUUGCCUGCGUAUCAUGGAGCAGGGCACGGAGCUAAGCAAGACAGUGGCUACCUUCAUCCUGCAGAAAAUACUCCUUGAUGACACGGGUCUUUCCUACAUCUGCCAAACCUAUGAGCGCUUUUCGCAUGUUGCUAUGAUUCUUGGCAAGAUGGUGAUCAAGCUGACAAAGGAGCCGUCAUCACGACUUUUGAAGCACGUGGUUCGCUGCUACUCCCGGCUUUCGGAAAACCAGAGAGCCCGCCAGGCCUUGCGUCAGUGUCUCCCCGAUCAGCUGCGUGAUGAGACGUUCAAGAGCAUUCUUGAUGAAGAUCGUUCUACACGUCACUGGCUCAACGUGCUCCUUCGUAACUUGAAUUAUCCGGCUUUGACUGACGAC